AUGCCUUCCCACCAUUUUCCCGUGCAUUCCGCUACCAUCCCACUACCCAUCCGCAUCUUCCCCAAGCCGUCCACUACAUGGAACCAAGCAGAACCCAGUGGAACCCAGCGGAACAAUCGCGUACUAUACACAUCAUAUCCUUUUAGCCUUCAGAACGUCCUCCUCCGUCCUGUCCUUGUCCUUCCAUCCUCACUGCAAUCCCCUCGGGACGAGUAUAAGCCUCGCACCCUUAUUAGACUUCUGAUCCACACAGAGUCUAUUUUCCUCACCCACAGCGGCAUAGAAAUGAGGUGGCUGGCAGCUGAGUCAGAUGCAGAAGAACUGGCCGCUAUGAUUGUAUCAGUCAUCUACAACAGCCAAUCCGGCAUUGGACAAUCUACCAGGGUCAUGGGAAUUUCUUACAUCCCCCCUGCGCCCCCCGGUUCGCAACAUUCAAUUCCCCAAGUUGAGCACCUGAUUUGCAAAGACGUGUGGCAGAAUAUAAACCUUUACUCAGAUGCCAAAAUUCACCAGUUGCUGGAGGAUAGUGAACAUGUUGAUAAGGCUAAAUUGAAGAUUGAUGUCCCUGACACUAUAGAGGAAACUGCUCAUGAAGUCCAGCUCACAAAAUCAUUGUACACACUCUGGAGCGCAUCUCCCGGAUGGGAUGCUGAUAUCUGCAGCAAGUAUCCCCUGCACCUUCCCAUACGUGACAAACGGUUCUCCUUGGAUCCUGUCAUAUUCACCGACCCCAAGAGUGGUGAAUCGCUCCCAGACACCACAGGAUCUAUCUUGUGGGGAAUGGCUGGCAUGGUUGACCCCUUGGUCCACCUUCGCACUUUUUUUCGCACCCCCACCGUAAAAUGCACUUGGUUCUUGUGUUGCUGGGAACUUCUUCAUUGUCAUCUUGAAGCUUACAGGCGUGGGAUUAUACACCGAGACACCAGUGAUAGCAAUGUUUGGAUGUGGAUUCCUCAAAUUGAUGAGUGGUUUGCAGUUCCUGAGUGGAUAAAAGAACAAGAUGGCAAAACGCACUUCAGAAUGGUGGUGGUCAACCCAGAGUGGUUUCCUAGGCGUCCUGGGGUGGCUGGUGAUUUUGGCUUAGCACUUGACAUGUUGGAGAGUAAGAGCACUGCCAAUGGAGUUGUUACCACUGUGGAACAUUCCCUUUUGGCACCAGCUGUUAAGGUCGUGCUCAAGGGAGAGGUUACUCAAAGGGCUUCGGCUUCAGCUCGUGCGCUGUGCCCCUUACCCGAAGGUACGGGAUAUGACACCAGCGUGGAAAAUGAGGCUCCUGGCGUCACACACGACCUCGAGGCCUACAUCUACCUUAUAUGGCUCAUUGGGGUGAACUUCAAGGGUCCAUACAAUGACAUCCAACAUUGGCCUCCUCCUGUCGAGAAGCAAAGACCCAUCCCCAACAAUGCAGUGUCUAUGUCGGAGGCAAACAGGCUCACUGCCAAGAAAUUUGGCUGUGCUCCUAUCAAUAAGAAGUGCUUCCCUCCUUCCAUGGGUGUUACACAGAUUGGAACAACACGCAUUCUUCCCAAGCGUGAGGAAGACAAAGAGUUUUGGAUUCGUCAAAGGAAAGUCCCAGCAUGGGCAAAAGUGGGUACCUACGACCUUACGACAGAGACUGUGAAGAUGGACAAACUAUGUCUGGAUUCCUUGGAUUUCAUGGGAGUGCUUCAACCAUAUUGGAAGGUUGGCACACUUUGCGAUGGAUGGAUCAAGUUGUACAACCUGCUGUGGCUGACGGACAAUGAUGGCCGGGCUGUGGAGGAGAAGCGCACAAAGUUGACCCAUGCACGGCUCAUUGCCAUGAUAAGAGAGAUGAUAGCCACCAUACCCGCUGCUGUUGAUGGUGCACCAAGCCAGGAGGUGGUCUUGGAUGCUUGGGAGAGGUAUUCUGCCUCCAUCAAUCGGCUGGUAAAUGUGCAGACAUUGAAGAUCCGACAGUUCCAUCCUGUCAGUGUUUAUCUGGCUGAAUACCUUUCAGGAUCUCGUCAGGAAUUACCACCGCCAUCAUCAAACCCUUUGCAGGCUGCACCUUCUUCAUCCACUUCUGAGCCAUUGUUAUUUAUCCCUUACAUGCCCAACAUGAAUGUCCCAGGGCCUCAGAUGCAACCACCUACUUCAUCCAAAAUGCACACUUCUAGCAGGCGCCGCAGUGGACACGUGGGCAUGGGCACCAGGAGUGGGUCGCAGCGAGGCAGGGCAGCACCUACUGCGCCUGUGCUGUCACCACAUCAGUCACCACAUCAGUCUACACACUCAGCACAUUGGUCUGGAGGGCUGUCUGGGACUUCUCAUGUUUUCACAGACCCUUCCAUUGGCAGUACAUUGACAGAGGGUCAUACUUCUGGGUCUGGGUCUAGGUGGUCUGGAGUCACUCAAGUGUCCGACACUGAGAAUGAGAACAAACAUUGUCGCAGGUCUUGA